AGAGCAUUCAACUGUCUGAAACACCAGGUUACCAGGUCCUCUGUCUGUUAAUGCUGGAUUUCCUCCAACUCAUUCACACACAGAUGAAAUGGGAGCUCAUGGCAGGUGUCAGAUGCUAAUGAAAUGGACACAGGUUGCCUUGGAGUGAAAUAAGGUUAAAUCACCCCCAAAAAGAGUAUCACUUGAGCCCUUUAAACAUCCCUGCUGAUGCUGAGACAGUUUGCUGGGUUGCAAGUGAAAGUCGCUGAUCGUGCUUUGGAGCGGAGCCAUUGCCCUGCGGCAGGAAUGAAAGUCCUGACUGUUCUUUUGAUGUUCGUGACAAGUGGCUUUGCCCAGGAGCAGCCAUCUUUGCCACAUGGAUGUACAGAGGGAAGCUGUUACCCAGCAACGGGGAACCUCCUGAUCGGUCGAGCUCCAAAUUUGACCGCCACGUCAACAUGCGGCCUCCAGAGACCCACCGAUUACUGUAUAGUCAGCCAUCUCCAAGGGGAUAAGAAGUGCUUUCAGUGUAAUUCGUUGAGGCCUUCUGACCCCAACAGUCACCGAGUGGAGAAUGUGGUCUAUCUGACAGACCAGACUGGACAAAGGACAUGGUGGCAGUCUGAAAACGGCGAGGAAAGAGUCAGCAUCCAGCUAAAUUUGGAAGCAGAGUUCCACUUCACACACCUCAUCAUGAAGUUCAAGACGUUCCGUCCGGCCGCCAUGUUUAUUGAGAGGUCCUCGGACUUUGGUCGCAGCUGGAAGAUCUAUCGCUACUUCGCAUUCAACUGCACGGUUGCCUUCCCGUCCAUACACACAAGCCCUCUCAGGAGGAUCGAUGACAUUAUUUGUGAACACCGAUACUCUGACAUAGAACCCUCUACGGAGGGUGAGGUCAUCUACAAAGUGCUGGAUCCUGCCAUCAAAGUGGACGACCCUUACAGCCUGGAGAUACAAGAUCUUCUAAGAAUUACAAACUUGCGAAUAAACUUCACGAAGCUGCACACCCUGGGAGACAAUCUGCUGGAUAGGCGGGUGGAAGUCCUUCAGAAGUAUUAUUACGCUGUGUACGAGCUUGUGGUUCGAGGCAGUUGUUUUUGCUAUGGACACGCAUCCGAAUGUUCUCCCGGAGGCAUACGAGGAGGAGUAGAGGGCAUGAUUCAUGGAAGGUGCAUCUGUAAGCACAACACCAAGGGAUUAAACUGUGAACAGUGUAAGAACUUCUACCAUGACCUGCCAUGGAGUCCAGCAGAGGCUGGGAAUCCGCACGCCUGCAAAGGGUGCAACUGCAACAACCAUGCCAGCAGGUGCCACUUUGAUAUGGCGGUGUACAUGGCCACGGGAAACGUGAGCGGUGGGGUCUGCGACGACUGUCUGCACCACACGAUGGGCAGGAACUGCGAGCUCUGCAAACCCUUCUACUACCGGAAUCCUGCGGCAGACAUCCGCUCUCACAGCGCCUGCAUUCCUUGUGACUGUGACCCCGUGGGCUCGCUGGAAGGAGGGAUCUGCGACACGGACACGGACUUGAAUUUCGGAAUGAUCGGCGGACAGUGUCGCUGCAAAGAGAACGUGCGGGGGACACGGUGUGACAGCUGCAAGGAAGGAUUCUACGGUCUGAGCAGGAACGACCCACAGGGAUGUCAGGCCUGUAGGUGUGAUCCCCGGGGGAUUAUCAUGAAUGGCGCGGCGUGUGAUCAGAUCAGCGGAGACUGCUUUUGCAAGCGAUACGUCACUGGCCGCUACUGCAACCAGUGCUUGUCGGAAUACUGGGGUCUCAGCAACGAUCUGCGUGGCUGCCGGGACUGUGACUGUGACUUCGGGGCAGCUUACAACAACAGAUGCUCGAUGGAGGACGGGCAAUGCGAGUGCCGUCCCAAUAUCAUUGGGCGUGAGUGCGCGGAGGUCCAGCCUGGGUUUUUCUGCAUGCCGCUCGACUACUACACCUUCGAGGCCGAGGAAGCUUCCCCUCGCUCACCGACUGACGCUCUGCCCGGUUCUCUCCGGCCACUGCUCGAUAACGAUUGCGUGGAAGAAGACAACCAGCCUGGUGUCGGCGCCAGACACAACCUGCAUCACAGGAGGGUCCACCGCCACGCAGGCCGUCGCAGGGAGACGCAGAAGAGGACCAACGCCAGGAGGAGGCGCCAGUCGCAACCAAAGCCGGACGUGGAGACGGUUCACCGAGAGCGGCUCACGGAGAAAAUGGUUACGUGGACGGGUCCUGGGUUCGCACGUGUCCGGGACGGAGCCGGCCUGGUGUUCGACAUCACCACCAUCCCUUACGCUAUGGAGUAUGAGAUCCUUCUGCGUUACGAGCCGGAGUCUGCAGUGGACUGGGAAGCAGUGACCACCGUACAUCCCACCACCUUGCCUUCAUCCCGUCGUUGCGGCAACCUCAUCCCCAACGAGCAGCCGUACCCGGUGACCCUGCGGCACACAGAGAGGUUCGUGGUAUUUUCAGGCCCUUUCUGCUUCGAGCCUGAUGUCCACUACACCAUCAAGAUCCGUUUCCAGCUUCACCAGGCUCACUACCGGCAAAACAAGGCAUUCAUCCUGGUGGAUUCUCUGGCGCUGCUGCCCAAGUACACAGAGUUGCCGGGGUUUGCCAACGGUGACCCCACCUCCGUGCAUCACCGCGAGGAGAUGACACGCUACAUGUGCCUGGAAUCCUUCAAAAUGGCCACCAUGCCCAUGCUGGCUGACAUGUGCGUCCAACUGAUUUGCAGCAUCUCGGCCAUCAUGCACGAUGGGGCUCUGCCCUGCCAGUGUGACCGGCAAGGCUCCUACAGCAACGUGUGUGAGAAGAUCGGGGGCCAAUGUCGGUGCAAGAGCAAUGUGAUGGGCCGACGCUGUGACCUCUGUAUCCCCGGAAACUACGGCUUUGGGCCAAAUGGCUGCUCCGAGUGUGACUGCAGCCCCGAAGGCUCUCUCAGCAACGUGUGCGACCCGGUGACCGGGCAGUGCCUGUGCCGACACGGGGCAAACGGCCGGCAGUGUGACCGCUGCUUCCCUGGCCAGUGGAACUUCCCCAACUGCCAACCGUGCCAUUGUAACGGGCACUCCGAGGAUUGCCACCACAGCACUGGAGCCUGUCUCAACUGCAGGGAGAAUACAGCCGGACACAACUGUGAUCGCUGUUCGGACGGAUACUACGGGAAUCCAGUGCUGGGGUCCGGGAAGCAGUGUCGCCCGUGCCCCUGCCCUGGCUUUCCGGGCAGCGGGCAUCACCACGGGAUCUCGUGUCACGCUGACCUCGACAGCAACCGCAUCGUGUGUAACUGCAAAUAUGGCUACACAGGCACUCGCUGUGACCAGUGCGCCCCUGGGUACCAUGGGGCCCCGGAGGUGCCAGGCGGAAGCUGCCGUCGCUGCCAGUGCAAUAACAACAUUGACGUGAGCGACCCCGACUCCUGUGACCCUCGCUCUGGUGAUUGCCUGAAGUGUCUCCACAACACCCACGGACACCACUGCGGGGAGUGCCGGCAAGGCUAUUACGGGAACGCCCUGCAACAGGACUGCAGACGCUGCACGUGUAACAUCCAGGGGACGGUGAGCGACCAGUGCGAUGAUCUGGGCAACACCUGCAGAUGCGAGAGAGUGACGGGAGACUGUACCUGCAGAGAGAAAGUCACGGGCAAGAACUGUGAUCGGUGCGCUCCCCGUUACUGGAACUUCGGGCAGAGCGGAGGCUGUGAGCCCUGUGCCUGCGAUCCCCAACAUUCCUACGGGCAGUUAUGCAACAUGUUUUCCGGACAAUGUGAAUGCCGCUCAGGGUUUGGAGGGCAGAGAUGUUCUGAAUGUAGAGAGUUUUACUGGGGAAAUCCGGAGCUGGAAUGCAAAGCCUGCGACUGUGAUCCGGACGGCUCGGAAUCCCAGCAAUGCCACCAGACCACCGGCCGCUGCUCCUGCAAGCCCGGCUUCACCGGGCCGCGCUGUGACCAGUGCGACCGCGGCUACCGAGGACGGUUCCCCAUGUGCGCACGCUGCCACCCCUGCUUCGACCUGUGGGACCCGGAGGUCCAGAAGCUUGGGACGAGGCUGCAGAACCUCGAGGAGCAAGUCAAGAGGAUCCUGGACAGCGGGGGCACAGGAGGGCUGAACGAGAAGCAGCUGCAAGAGCUGGAGGAGAAACUCGAGGAGGUCCAGAGGCUGAUCGGCAAAGACGCCUUUAAUGCCGAGGAGCUGUUCAAACAAAUGCGACGUCUAAUCAACAGAGUGAGACAGGAGAUGGAACACUUGUCAAACAGGGUGGACAGAUUGGACGAAGGAGUUUCCGUGACGGAGGCCAGGGAUAAUCAAAGCCGACGGGACCUGGCACAGCUGGAGGAGAAAGCCAGGGCUUUGAAUCAAUCCACCACUGCGAAGGAGAAGGAACUGGAGGCACUUAUAAGCUCCAAUUUUAAAGAGUUCUACGAUCUGAUCCGCAAGUACUACGAGACGUCCCGCGACCAGGAGCGACGGGCCAACGCGACGGUGAGCGGGCCGCGGGGGCCGGUCAAGCAAUCGGAGAGGACGCGGGAGAGGGUGGGCGCGCUGCUGCUGGAGCGAGAGAACGCGCUGAGGAAGACGGGGGCCGUUCAGAAGAAGCAGCUGAAGGAGCUGGAGUCGAACGUGAUGAGCCUGACCAUUGACCCCAUCAGCCGAAAGGUCUGUGGCUCCUCGGGCAGCCUGACGUGCAUCCAGGAUCGCUGCGGAGGUGCCGGGUGCCGAGACGAUUUCGGGAACCGCAAGUGCGGGGGGGACGGCUGCGGGGGGGCCCUUACCCUGUCCUCGGGGGCGUUGAAGAAAGCGGAGAACGUCAGCGAUGCCCUGACGGACAGCAAUGAGCAGCUGAGCGACAUCUCCCGGAAGAUCCAGGAAGUCCAAGGAAAGGCGGAGCAGGCGAAAUUGCAGGCCGCGGAGAUGCUGAAGAAAGCUAAUGAAGCCAAGGACACAUUGAACAACUCCGUGGAAGAUCUGCGACGAUUCAUCAAAACCGUGAAAGACUUCCUCAAUGAGGAAGGAGCCGACCCAGAAAGCAUCGAACUGGUGGCCAACAAGGUGCUGAACAUCUCCUUCCCCAUCAGCUCCGAGGACAUCAAUAAGAUCGUGCAGGACAUCAGAGACGCCAUCGAGAGCAUCACCGAAGCCGAUAGAGUUCUCAACGAAACGUCCAAAGGCCUGCAGGAAGCACAAGUUCUCCUUAAGAAGGCGGAGGAAGUCCGGAGCGCAGCCUUGGACGUAAAAGGCAUUGUAGAUGAGAUACAGGAUACUAUAAAUGCUGCCAGGUUCAAACUGGAUUUGGCUGAGAAAGCAUUGGAAAAGGCCAAGAACUCAACAGCGAGUGAAUCCAUCAGCAAGGUGGAUAAGCUUCUGGGUGGCAUUGACGACAAGCAGGAGAGUGCCAUGGCACAGCUCACUGACCUCUCCUCGCAAGUGGAUGCCCUGAAAAAUAAAACCAACCAGAACAGGAAGAUGGCAAAUGAUAGUGAAGGGAGAGCUAAAGCUGCCAAGAGAAAGGCAGAGAAGCUGCAGAAGGACAUGAGCCUAGUGGAGAGUCAGUACGAGAAGCUGAAGGACAAAAUAAACAGUCUGGACAACGGGACCUUUCAGACCAGAGAUCGCGUGGAAAAGAUCAAACAGGAGGCAGAAAGAUUGAAAAACAUCGCCACCAAUAGCCUGGUUCGAGUGACCGCCUUGCAAAAGAAAUUCGAACGGAACGAAAAGAAAAUGAACGAGAAGAUCGAACAGCUGCGACAUCUGCAAGAAGGAACUAGUCUCAAUCCCGAGUCAGACACUGCCUCAGUGAGGUUCUUUGGUUAGUGUUAUGGGGGUGUGGAGGUGUGGGUGUCUAAUGUAUGAUGAUCACAAGUCCUGAUCCGCAAUUACGAUGGGAAAUGCCAGCAGGUGCUGGACUGAAAGUCAUGGAGCUUGAAUCCAGACGUUAUUACCCUGACGUUCCCACAAGUGAUCCCCUGCCAACUGUAAAUUCCUGAAUCCCAAAUAAGCUGCUCAGGAAAAUGAUGUGGCAUGGGAACAGAGGCUGGGUGGGUUUACUUUGCUGCAAAAUCCCCUCCGUAGCUCAUGGGAGCGAGGAAGCUUCUAUAUUUGUGUUGCUCCAUCCUCGAACGUGUCCAGAAUAACAGCAACCGAUUAGAUCAGCCGGUGGGGGGGGGUCAGAGUGCGCUCACGACAGAGAGGGAAAGAAGGGAAUCACUGAGUUAUUGUCUAACCUCUCGCUUCCGCACUCAACCUGCCCCAUCUACUCAACAACAAGUCCCUCCAUUUGACAGCUGUGAAGUCUGUAUCAGCUGUGCUCGAAUGUUGUGUGACGCAGCAAAAAAAGUACAUUUCUCGUAUUUGGAGAGGGAGGAAUCCCGUGGCCCGUCGCUCCAUCAAAUAGGCCGUGAAGUACCACUAAACCUUUCACUCGAACCAAAUGUGAAUCUCAAAGAACGAAAGUAAUGUGUUAAAAAUAAAAUGGGUUACCUUUAACUAAUUAUAGUAUAACUCGAGCAUCUAUCAGUGGGGUUGACAAAGACUGUUUUGAUAAGUUUGCGUUGGCCGACCAGGCCUGGUUCCACGUUAAUGCUCUGCUCGACUUAAACUCCGCAAAGAGUUGCCUUAUCCGUCCAUUCACACGCAGUCAAUGGGACUUUGUAGCCACCCCAUAGCUUCUUGUUAGUCCACAGUAACGGCAAACCCAGUCAGACUUUGACGAGGGUUCUGAGGUAUCGUGGGACGUGCUGCAAAAAUAUUAUCGUGUCAAAACGUGCAGAACCUGAACAGGUUUUUGGAAACUAUUAUACCUAUUUUGGUUGUGUGAGAAUAAACUAACGUGACCUUCUGUACUUCAGAAUACCGCCGUAAUUGUAACCUUUCCAUCACGUUCAAUGGAAAUAAAAUUAUUUUUGAAAUAA